AUGGCUUUACCCAAUUAUAAACCAGCCCAACCCUUAGCAUUGAGACAACUUAAUCAAAAAUUUGAGUUGGAUCCUAGAAAUAAGCAGAAAAGGAAUGCAAUAACAUUUACUCCUCAAUUCAAAGAGUCUGCUGAACAAUUGGCAUUAGAGUUUGGCAGAAAAUCCUCCAUACAUGGCCUGAAUAAGAUAUUUCAAGAGAAUUCGAAUAUAUAUGAAAGAUUCUUUUGGCUCCUAGUACUUGUCUAUGCUCUCUUGGGCUCCAUUUAUGUCUGCAUGAUUCUUUCCCAGCGUUUCAAUGCUGGUACUUUUCAAACUGUUGUGGACAGAACCAAUGCUCCCGUAUUCCAUAUAGCCUUCCCCGAAAUAAGCAUUUGUAAUGCAAAUCAUUUAAACUGGAAACGUUUAGAGGAGGCCAAACAACAAUUUAUGCCUCAUGAAAAUGAUACGGAAAAGAUUCGCAUGUUCGAAACAGUUAUUGGUCUCUAUGAUAAUGUUAGCUUUGGAGAAUUCGAUGCAUUCAGUGCACUAGAAGACAAACCUGUAGAACUGGUGAACAGUAUCAACUUUAGUUUAGUUUUUGAUUUCAUGACCUGGCGUUGUGAGGAGUUCUUAACGGAUUGUGUGUGGCGUCAUUAUAAACUUAACUGUUGCGAUAUAUUUUUGAGAAGUAAAGGUCAAGAAGGUCUAUGCUGGCACUUCAAUACACUAAACACAGAUGAAGCUAGACGCAAACAGUUAAUGGAUGAUAAAUAUCCCUGGAGGACGGGAAGUGCGGGACCGAAAAGUGGUUUAAAUGUACGUUUGCUGUUGAAUGAGGACAAGCACUAUUACCAGGAUAAUGAAAAGGGUGUAACGGUGGCUGUAUUGGAGCCGGGAGUUUUUCACAGAGAUCCGAUUUUUGUGCCUGCCAAUACCGAGACAGUGGUGGAAGUAGAACCCGUAGUUUAUUUCUAUGAUAAUGGAACCAGAAGUGUAUCAUCAGCUCAAAGGAAGUGUCGGUUUAAUGAUGAACCCCCCAGUUUUGAAUACAAAAACUUGCCCGGUUUUCCUUACAUGCUGGAAAAUUGCCACUCUCAGUGUUAUCAAGAGUAUUUACUAAGAUAUUGCAACUGUACCAUGGACAUAUUGUUUCCGCCAGCUCAAUAUAAUGCUUGCAAAGCUAAAGAUUUGCUGUGCUUAGCUAAAAAUAAUGAUUACUUCCAAUUUACUCAUCAAUCUGGAGAAGAGGAGUACAUGCAUAGUGAUUACCAGGGCAUGAUUUGUAAUUGUUUUCGCAAUUGUUAUUCCUUAAAUUAUGUGGCGGAUGUAAGACCAUCAUUUUUGCCAGAACAUCUACGCCGCAAGGGAAUGCAUAUUGACUUGGAUAUACAUUACCGUAUCGAAACAAUGUUUGUGUAUCGCACCAGUUUGGUCUUUAGUUGGGUGAACUUAGUGGUGGCUUUUGGUGGCAUAGUUGGUCUUUUUCUGGGUUGUUCUCUUAUAAGUGGCAUUGAAUUGUUGUAUUUUGUUUUCAUUGAGUUGCCCAGAUUCCUUCUCAAUGAAUGGAAAUCUAAAGGAAAAUCUAAAAAUAUUUAUAACCAGCUAAAUAAAGAAUUUAAAAUUAAUAAAAUUCCUCUUAAGCGCCGUAAACGUGGUGUGCAUAGUCGUACAUCGGCUGCUGAGAAUUUUGGAGAUAAUAGUUUUUCUGUUCAGAAUAAUAAUUUUAGUGUCCAAAACGCUGCUGUGCAACUGUGGUCGCAGCAAUAUUAUUUAACAAAUAAACAUAAUUGUUAA